AUGACCGAUAAUAAUAUAUUUGGUAAUACAAAAAGAUUCAAUGACUCUAUUGAAUUAAUUAACAAAUUGGAAACACCAAGAUUUCAAAAAAUUUUAACAAGAGUUGUUAAUAAAAUUGGUCACAGGAAUGAAAGAAUAUUCACAGAAUCAGAAGAAAACAUUUUACAAAAUUUAUUUAAAAUAACAUCAUUAGAAUUUAAAGGUAUAUUAGAAUGUUGUUCAUUCAUUUUUGAACAAACAGCAUACUAUUCAUUAUCACCAAAUAAUUUAGUUAAUCAAUUGAAAAAGACAAUGUUAAACGAUGAUAAAACAUCAUGUUUUCAAUCAGUAUGGGAGGAUAACUCUGAACAUGUUUUAAACUUUUUAAGAACUCAAUCAAUUGCACCAUUACAAUUAAAUGAAAUUGGUUGGAGACUUCAUUAUCAAAUGUCAUCUUCAAAGACAAUUAAAAGAAAUGCAAGUGCAAUAAUGGAAUUAAAUUUUAAUAAUAAUAAUAAUAAUAAUAAUAAUAAUAAUAAUAAUAAUAAUAAUAAUAUUAAUAAUGAUAAAAUGAUUUUAGAAUUUAAUAAGGAACAAUUAUUAGAAUUUUAUAAUAAAUUAGAAAGUAUUCAAGAAAAAUUGGAUACAUUAGCAUAA